UGGUUCGUCAAAGAAGAAGGAGGGCCCCGCAAGGCAGACGCUGUUGUUUCCCGUUCCGGGGCAGCCGUAUCUCACACAAAAACAAGGCAAAAUGUUGACCCGACUGGCACGUCUCGGGCCAGUUUUGACCCGCUUAAGCACUCGUGUACCGGUUCGGUGCGUAUCCCAGUCGAAGCCGAGCAGCGCUGCCGGUGCGACUGCUGUGACUGAGCUGCAGCAGGCUGCACCAAGUGGCAGCCAUGGUGAGGUCAGCCGUUAUGUCAAGAAUCCAGAUUACCAUGGCUUCUCCAGUGACCCAGUGGUUGAUGAAUGGAACAUGAGAGUGGGCUUCUUCUUUGGCAUUUCUCUGUGUCUUGUCAUUGGAGGAACGUUCAUUCAUUACUUACCAGACCAUGGGAUGCGCCAGUGGGCCAGAAGGGAAGCAGAACGUGUGAUCCUGCAGAGAGAGAAGGAGGGUUUGCCUCUGAUCGAUGAAAACUACUAUGACCCCAACAAAAUUGUUCUUCCCAGUGCUGGAGAGGAGUAGAGUGAACAACGAUCCACUUACUGUAGUGCACAAAUAUUGUAUUUCACUAUUAGAAAAUAAAACGUAAUUGUUUGAUUCUGUAAAUAAAAUGUGUAGAUGCUUCUCAAA